GUUGAAUUAGUUAACGGUACUAAACCUAAUGAAGGUCGUGUAGAGAUUAUAAGAAAUGGUAUUAGAGGUACAGUAUGUGAUGAUGACUGGAAUAAUGAAGACGCCAGUGUUAUAUGUAAUCGGCUAGGUUUUCCAGGUGCUAUAUCAAGUCCAGGAAAAGCAUUCUAUGGUGUUUCUAAUGAAGAUAAUGAUAUACUAAUGGAUAAUGUGCAAUGUAAAGGGACUGAGACUACUUUACAAUCCUGUGUUCAUGAUACAUCUCAUGAUUGUGCUGCAAGUGAGGCUGCAUCUGUUGUGUGUAAACCUAAUCAAGGUAUUUUUGGAAGUAUGAUUUUACAAUUAUAUUACAGAUUAAGAGGUAAUAGUUUAGCAUCGAAUGCUGGUAGAAUUGAAGUAUUUCGUGAUGGAAGAUGGGGAUUAGUAUGUGAUGAUGAAUGGGAUAUACAAGAUGCUUCAGUUGCUUGUAAACAAUUAGGUUUCAAACAUGCUGCAAAGAGAGAUACAUCUGAUGUAGAUUAUGGAUCAGGUUCAGGCAAUAUUUUAUUAUCAGAUGUAGAGUGUUUUGGAAAUGAAACUAGUCUAAAUGAAUGUGAAAAAUCACCAUGGAGACAACAUUCUUGUCAAUCAUUUGAAGCUGUAGGUGUGGAUUGUAGGGUGGAAAAAGAAACAAUAGUUGAAUUAGUUAACGGUACUAAACCUAAUGAAGGUCGUGUAGAGAUUAUAAGAAAUGGUAUUAGAGGUACAGUAUGUGAUGAUGACUGGAAUAAUGAAGACGCCAGUGUUAUAUGUAAUCGGCUAGGUUUUCCACGUGGUGGUAAAGCUGUAAAUAAAGCACAUUUUGGUGAAGGUAGUGGUAUUAUAUGGUUGGAUAAUGUCGCCUGUUCUGGUGUUGAAGAUUCAAUAGAUGAUUGCAGGCCUUACUGGGGAAUUCAUGAUUGUGAUCAUAAUGAAGAUGCUGGAGUCAUUUGUUUAGAGGGAUCUCUUCCAGGUAUACAUGUACAGAACUGUCAGCUUUUUUGGAUUGCUCAAAGGUUGUUUUGA